AUGGUGGACGGGCUGAUACGUCAAGUCGCAGAGUAUCUCGGCCGUUCCAGCCCCUGGCACCAACGUUUUCUGGAGCUGCAGGAACUCUUCACGGCUACGAACCUGGAGCUUCAAGGCAUUCAUCAAGUCCGAUGGCUCUCCAGAGGUGAUGCCGUUCUGCGAACGGUGACGGUCUUCCCUGCGCUCAUCGUCAUGCUGUACGAGUGGGACGAAACUCUGUACGAGAUCGCCACCAGCUACAGGUUCCAUUUCUUGUUGUUCUUCCUUGCAGACGUGCUCGAGCAGCUGAACAUCUUGAACAAGUCCUUCCAGCAGCGAGAGAUCAGGAGAACGAUGUCUCACCUGGAGACCCGCUACGUCGACUGCGGCGACGAUUUUGGAGGCGGGUUGAGUGCGCGCCUGUCCCCGUUCAUCAUGAAGUACGGGCAUGACAGUGACAAGCCCGAGGUGACGGUGCAGGGUGUGGACUCUGACGGUCGGCCGACCACACACAAGUUCCACCUGCAUGAGAACCCAAGCGAGGACUACCCAACUCUGGGAACACACGACGCCUGCAUCGAUCUCUGCACCUCAUUUGCCGAGACGCUCGUCAGUAACCUCAGCAAGAGGUUUGAAGACUUGGACUCCCUUGUGGGAGUCCGGCUCUUCAUGCCAGACGAGUACCUUCCUGGGAGAGCGGAGCGCCACAAACAGUGUCUCGAGUGGCUCAUGUCACUCGUCUCGCUGUUCAGGGCAGAGGAGGCUGACCACAUCCUUCCAGGUAUGUGCAUUUUGUGA